AUGGCAUAUGCUACGACUCCUACACCUCCGGCCCUGGAUGCCGACUCUCAACCAAGCUUAAAACUUGCAACAUCUCUCCCUCAGCCGACUUCCUUACAACAUGUUGCCUCCUCUUUUCCUGGUCCUAGCUUCACCUCUGCUUCUCCUUUCACCUCAUCGCCAAUCUCUAUUGCGACCUCCUUCCCUGCCCCCGACACUCCGAAUGCUUUCACACCUGCUAGUACUCCGUUACAACCUGCUAGCGAAGGAUUGCGUGGUCGAGUAACUGGUCUAUCAUUACCGACGCCAGGACCUCUUGAACUUGGCGAAUCUAUCAUGGCCGUUCCCGGCAACCCAUCCAGCUUCAAUGACUCAUCUACUACUUCCAAGGCCCCGGGUCUUAUGCGACGGAUUUCCCGAGGCGCCGCCAACAAGCUUACCCGUAGAAGACAAUCUACAACACAGAAUGAGAAACGGGACCGAAGCUCUGGUCCUGUUAUCAUGCGUCGACGCAGCGACAGCAAAACCGGCCCCCAACCUGUCCGAGACAACGCCCUUGACUCGAGCAAUGAGGACGAGGGUGAGGCUUUGGACAACCUUGGCGCAUGGGGCGGCUCCGAAGCAUCCAGCCUACGUAGUGAGAGCCGCAUGAGUAUGGCUCGCGAGGUUGGACCUGCCGCUGCUGUGGCCGUCGCCCCCAAGGUGGACUCCGCCGUUCAGCGAGGUACUGUUUUGACCAAGGUUACCAAGAAACGCAGAAAGCAAGUCCGCUUCUUCCUGGACCUGGAUGCCGCCAAGGUUUUCUGGGAUGUGUCCAAUCCGCAAAAGCGCUUCUAUAUCGACGAUAUCAAGGAGAUCCGGGUUGGCGCCGACGCCCGUAAUUACCGUGAAGAACACCAGGUCCCGGAAGAUCUGGAACGCCGGUGGUUCACUAUUGUGAUUGCGGACUCUGACCGCUCCAAGGGUCGAGCAGUCAAGACUUUGCAUCUUAUCGCUCCCAGUGACCGGAUCCUUGAGCUGUGGAUUACCACACUCGAGCAUAUUUCUCGGUACAGAAUUGGUCUAAUGGCCGGUCUGGCUGGGUCUGGCCAGAGCGAGGCUGUUCUUCAGGCCCAUUGGCAACGCGAAAUGUCUAGACUCUUCCCGCAGGGACCUCGUGCUGGCGAGGAAGAGAGUCUCGAUUUGGCUGCUGUUGAGAAGGUCUGCCGCAGCUUGCAUAUCAACUGUUCCAAGAACAUGCUCCGGGCGCAGUUCAACAAGGCGGAUGCUGCGAGCAGUGGCAAGCUCAACUUCUCUCAGUUCAGGGACUUCCUUACGCGUCUGAAAGAGCGGAAGGAUGUCAAAGAGAUUUUCAAAUCUAACACAGAAAAUUCAAAGGAGGGUAUGACUCAGGAUGAGUUCCUCACUUUCCUGCGCGAUGUGCAAAACGAAGAUAUUGAUGCCGACCGUUCGUAUUGGACGGCACUUUUCGACAAGACUGUUCGACGGUCCUCCAAGUCCCGCACUCCUUCCUCGGAAGAUUCGGAAUUGAUUCCUCCUGUCUCGCGUAUGAACUUGGAGUCGUUCUCGGCCUACUUAGCUUCGUCCAGCAAUGGUGUCUACGCGUCACGUGCUCCUCAAUCCAGGUUCGACCGGCCAUUGAACGAGUACUUCAUUUCCAGCUCUCACAACACUUAUCUCCUUGGUCGUCAGGUGGCUGGUGCCUCGAGCACUGAGGCGUAUGUCAGUGCCCUUCAGCAGGGAUGUCGGUGUGUUGAGAUUGACUGCUGGGAUGGCGCGGAUGGACGCCCGAUUGUGUCGCACGGCCGAACCCUGACAACGAGUGUUUUGUUCGCUGAUUGCAUCACUGUCAUCAACCGAUAUGCCUUCAUUAGCUGCGACUUCCCUCUGAUACUUUCUCUCGAGGUGCACUGCAAUCCGGAACAGCAACUGGCAAUGGUCAAGAUAAUGAAGGACACAUUCAAAGAACAGCUUGUGCUCGAACCUUUAAUGACAAACUGCUUCAUUCUCCCGUCGCCAGAGGAUCUCAAGGGUCGCAUUCUGGUCAAAGUCAAGACCUGUGAUGAACCCGAGUUCGACCCCCGUCAAGAUACCGUCAGCUCCAUCAACACCCAUGGCCGCAAGCGCAGUGCUAGUACACCAUUCGUUCGCCCGAUGCUCGCAGACAUCUCCUCCAACACUCCCCUUCCCUCCCUCUCCAGCCCCCCAACUAUGGGACCCGUCGAUAGCAUCGGUCCCUUGAUGUCCCAGGACAGGCGCUCUCUCACUGCUACCAGUAUGAGCAGUGCAACCGAAGACAGUGAUGGGGCCCUUGUGUCUGUUCGCAGCGAGAAGAAGAAGCGUCGUCGCCAGAAGAGCAAGAUCACCAAGCCUCUCUCAGACUUGGGUGUGUACACUCGCGGGUACAAGUGGCACAGUUUCUCUUCUCCGGAGAGCAGACGCUACAACCACAUCUACUCGUUUGCCGAACGCCCCUUCGAGAGCAUCACCCAAAAUCACGACAACAAAGUGGCGCUGGAAGCACACAACCGCAAGUACCUCACCCGAGUGUACCCGUCCGGUUUCCGACUCCGUUCGUCCAAUUUUGAUCCAAACAAGUUCUGGCGGCGCGGUGUGCAGAUGGCCGCUCUUAACUGGCAGACAUAUGACAUUGGCAUGCAAAUGAACCAGGCCAUGUUUGCUGCUGGCACUGAUCGCACCGGCUACAUCCUUAAGCCCGAAAGCCUUCGUCGCCCGGUCGUUGAAGAUGGUACCAAGAAGCACAAAACCGAGCGCAAGAUGAUCCGCUUCUCGAUCGAUGUCAUCUCCGCCCAGCAGCUCCCUCGCCCACGUACCAUCGGUCACGACGACAACAUCAAUCCCUACGUUGAGAUUGAGAUGUUCAGUGCGGAUGACCGUGGUCAGAGCUUUGUCCUAGGCGAAGGUGGCAUGGAUGCUUCCGCACGCAACGGCAUGUCGGGCAUUGGCUACCCGCACCGUCGCCGCACUAAGAUCGAACAGAGCAAUGGAUACAGUCCGGUCUUUAACGAUCAGUUCAAGCUUUCGCUAGAGACCAAGUAUCCCGAUCUUGUGUUUGUGCGAUGGACCGUUUGGAGCUCGACCGAUGGCCGCAGCGCCGGUAACAACAACAGCGUGCAGCUGGCCACAUUCACAGCCAAGCUUACGAGCCUGUCUCAGGGCUACCGCUAUCUCCCCCUCUACGACGGUAGUGGCGACCAAUACCUCUUCUCAACUCUCUUCUGCAAGAUCGCCAAGGAGGAUCCGAUUCCCGUCCAGCGCCUAGACCUUGAAGAGCUUCGCGCCGAACGGAUGGGCAUUCUCCGCCAAAUCGGUCAGACGGUCUUCAAGCGUUCAUCUUCUACCGAACGCGACAAGGAUCAAUCUCAUGAUCGCAGUGAUCCCGUCAGUCCGGAGGACAAGGAAAGUUCUCCGAGUUUGACCCCGACAAUAUCCACCACCUCGAAUUCAUCAUUUGCUCAAUGA